AUGAAUAUAAAUGAUUUUUAUAAUGAAAUAGCUCGUUUGAAUGAUCCGAAUUCAUUAAAAUUAUUGAUACAGAAUGUUUUAAAAAACUAUUGUAUUAAUCAGACUAUAACAACUCAAUAUAUAAAGUCAUUCACUGAUUUGGUUGUAGAGAGUAUUGCUAAUAUCUCUGGUAAUACAAACGAUAUCGAUAUUCUUAGAAAGUUAAUCACAUCCAUUGGUUUGAUUGCAAGAUAUUCACCUUAUAUCAAUUCAUUUAAAAGUUAUUUAGAUAGAGUUAUCAAUGAUAUCUUACUUGUCACUUUAAGAUCAUUCAAUAAUGUUACUGAUUAUGAUAGUGUUGAAAUAAGAGCACUUUAUGUUGAAACAAUUAGAUCAUAUACAUUGAUAUUACAAGCAUAUAAUGAUCAAAUGGAUAAAUAUACUAAACCAGUGAUUGAAUCAUUGACAAAGCAUUUCGAUUCUGGAUUGUUCCCAGUGAUUGUACAGAGUGAAAUCGAACAGUAUUCAAUCACUUCAAUCUUGGAGUUGGUUGCAGUUCUCAUUCAAACAUCACCCACUCUUAUUUUAGAUAAUUUCAACCUUUUACAAUAUAUUAUAAAUGUUUUUAUUAAUUUAGAUAUCGAAAAAUUCACACCAAUCUUUGAUGAGAUUGUAAAUGUAAUUGGACAUUACUUGCAAAUGUUUAUUUAUGUACCUUUUGAAUCGUUGGAACAGACACCUUCCACACAGAAAAAGAAGCAUCCCAACGCCAGAGACGAGGAGAGUGACGAUGACGAUGACGAAGACCAAGACGAUGAAACACAGACAUUGACAGCAGAGCAACGACAAGAACAACUUAAAAUCAAGAGAUCGGAACUAUCAAACUAUAAGAAACCAUCGAUUCAGCAAUCGAUUCAAUUACUUCAAAAAGUGACAUCAUCACCGAACCACCCCAAGAAGGAAUCGUGCAUCAUACUCAUGGGUAUCAUUUCUUCCUAUUCAUUGAUACAUCAUUAUUGUGAAUGUCAACCGGUUGUUGAAAUAGUAUUUAAUCAUUUCUCUGAUAGAUUUAAUGAACAAGAUGAACAUUUAAAAUUGGUAAUCAAUUGUCUGGCAUAUGUAUUCUCAAAUACACCUAGAGAAUUGGAAAUAGUACAACAAUAUCUACCGGUAUUCUUUAAUAAGGUUACAUUGUAUUUCACCAAUAUAAAGAAUCACUCCAAAGAGAAUCCAACCAACAAAUCGCUUCGUACGGCACUUGCUGCUUCAAGAGAGAUAGUCAGCCAUGCAAUCUCCAAGAUGUUACUGUUAUUCGAUUGUUUCUUUGAGUAUGCCGAUGAGUUUAUAUCGUUUGCCUACGUUCUUGCCGAGCCAAUGGUUCUUUCCAACUUUUUAUAUGCACUCCUCUUCCAAUUGGAAUCCAGUACAUCCAACGAACAGAGACAACAAUUCGAUCAAGUCUAUCUACCAAAAGUUAUGAAACCAUUAUUAUCACAAUUAUCAUCAAAAUAUCAAUCUUCUACUAAAUUAUCAAGUAGUAUACUAAAGAGUUUAAAUAAUAUAAGUACAUUUGGUGAGAUGUAUAUUAAGGAUUAUUAUAAUGAUAUUAUCGAUUUGGUAGAAACCGUUUUGAAGUGUAGUUGGCAAACCUUUAUUCCAUACUCUAUCGAUUCGAUUUCAAUACUCUCAAAGAUUACGAUCAAGGGUGAAUGUUCGCAGGUGCAACUCGAAAAGAUAUGGAGAAUCUUUGGUUUGAUCCUUACAGAUCGAAUCGUGUCGAACGAAGACGGUAUAGAUUUUGAUUUGGUGAACCGAUCGAAAUUCAUUGUACUCGAAGAGAUUUCGUCGUAUUUAGAGUCGGUCGUCAACGGUACUUGUGCCUCCAGUAAGACAUGCGCACCAAAGCCAGAGCAACUGGCAACUCUCUACCGGUAUCUCCUCGCGAAUAUCGGAUGUGUAGAGGUAACCUUUGAUUCUGAUCUCUACCUCAGAAUGUCACAACUUACCGUUUUAAACAGUCUGUUGAAAUACUCUGAAAAAGUGGUGGUGGCGGCGGCGGUCCAAUCCAAUGAUGUUUCCAAAGACAUUGAUAGCUCGAUUCACUCGGUUGUCGCCGAGUUGAUACUACUAUCAAACAUGGACGAUGAAGAACAACAAGAUACUCUAAUGGAUCAUUUCAUAGAUAUAGUAAACUCUAGUAAUUUCACUUCAUACAAAGUGAUUUUAGAGAGAUUAUUUUAA